CGAAUUUGCGAAGGAACGUGAAAGAGUUGAGAAUCGUCGAGAAUUCUUGAAAUUACGUAGACAACAACAAAUUGAACGUGAAUUGAACGGUUAUUUGGAAUGGAUUUUAACCGCUGAAGAAGUGAUUUUGAAGGAGGAGCGAACAACUGAAGAGGAAAAAGCAGCCAUUAUGGAAACACGACGGCGAACUGCAACAAAAAAAUUAAAACAAACAAAUAAACGGCAAAGUACUGAAACGGAGGAGGAUAUUGAGGAAGAGGAAGAGGAUGAGGAUGAUUACCUGAAUGACGAUAGUGAAGGUAAAAAAGCAAGACGAACUUGUUGCGGAUCAAUAUGCAAGAAAAUACGACAUAUGAGGGUUCAAAUGAGAUUUAUUGUAAAAAGUCAAGUAUUUUAUUGGCUGGUUAUAACAUUAGUCUUUCUCAAUACUGCUUGCGUUGCUUCCGAACAUUACGGACAACCGGAAUGGUUCACCGAAUUUCUAAAAUAUGCGGAAUAUGUAUUUUCCGGGAUAUUUAUUUGUGAAAUGUUAAUGAAACUAUUUGCAAUGGGUCAUCGCGUUUACUUCGCAUCAAAAUUCAAUCGUUUCGAUUGCAUCGUUAUUGUUGGCAGUGCAUUUGAAAUAAUUUGGGCAGAAUUGAAGGGUGGCUCUUUUGGUAUUUCCGUACUUCGAGCCUUACGAUUAUUGCGCAUCUUCAAGCUCACUUCGUACUGGGUAUCAUUACGUAACCUUGUACGUUCACUUAUGAAUUCAAUGCGUUCUAUUCUCUCAUUAUUAUUCCUCCUCUUCUUAUUCAUUCUUAUUUUUGCCUUGUUGGGUAUGCAAUUGUUCGGUGGAAAAUUUAGUUUUCCAUCCGGACAUCCAUAUACUCAUUUUGAUACAUUUCCCGUGGCCUUAAUUACAGUCUUCCAGAUACUAACGGGAGAGGAUUGGAAUGAAGUGAUGUAUUUAGCAAUUGAAUCACAGGGUGGUAUAUAUGGUGGUGGCAUGGUUUAUUGCAUAUAUUUCAUUGUACUCGUACUUUUUGGCAAUUAUACUUUGUUAAAUGUUUUUUUGGCUAUUGCCGUGGAUAAUUUAGCAAAUGCACAAGAAUUAACAGCAGCUGAGGAAGCGGAUGAACGAGCUAAUGAGUUGCCGGAUGAUUCGGAAAGUCUCGAUGAGCAGGACAGCGAACAAUGUGCUAUCGAUAUGGAAGGUAAAACGGGCGGUAAUAUAUCGGAAACGCAACGUGAAAUAGACGAGGAAUAUGAGGAAGAAGAAAGUCCAUUUGGUGGUCCAAAACCUAUGGUACCAUUCUCUUCCAUGUUUAUCUUUUCACCAACAAAUCCAUUUCGUGUGUUGGUGCAUUCGGUAGUAUCGACGAAAUAUUUCGAAAUGCUAGUAAUGGGCGUGAUAUGCUUCUCCAGUAUAGCACUCUCGGCAGAAGAUCCGGUAGAUGAGGAUGCUCCGAGGAAUAAAGUGCUUCAAUACAUGGAUUACUGUUUCACGGGUGUUUUUGCUUUGGAAAUGUGCCUUAAACUAAUAGACCAAGGGGUAUUACUGCAUCGGGGCUCAUAUUGUCGUGAUUUUUGGAAUUUAUUAGAUGGUAUUGUCGUCUUUUGCGCUCUCGUUGCUUUUUCAUUUGCCGGCGCUGAAGGCUCAGCUGGCAAGAAUUUGAACACUAUCAAAUCACUGAGGGUAUUGCGAGUGCUAAGACCACUUAAAACAAUCAAGCGAAUACCAAAGCUAAAAGUCUAA